AUGAGCUCCCUGUACUACCUUUAUAGACCUCUUGGUGCUUCACGAGAGUUUCAGGAGAUCUACACUGUGCUGGACUCUCACAUUGUGGCCCCCAUUUUCUCAUUCCUUGAUGGAGUGAGCUGUGUCUUUCUACCCAUAACAAUUAAGGCUGUUGAGACCAUGUUUGAAGAUGGUAGCCUCCUCCUCUUCAUUCCUCUAUUCAUCAUCUACACAUUCAUUGUUAUCGGGAAUCUCACUGUAUUUUUUGCAGUCAGGAUGGACAUGCGUCUCCACAAUCCUAUGUACCAUUUCAUCAGCAUCUUCUCCUUCCUGGAGAUCUGGUAUACCACAGCCACCAUUCCCAAGAUGCUCUCCAACCUCAUCAGUGAGAAGAGGACCAUCUCCAUUACUGGCUGCCUCCUGCAAAUGUACUUCUUCCAUUCACUUGGAAAUUCAGAGGGGAUCUUGUUGACCACCAUGGCCAUUGACAGGUACGUUGCCAUCUGCAACCCUCUCCGCUACCCUACCAUUAUGACCCCCCGGCUGUGCGCCCAGCUCUCUGCAGGCUCUUGCAUCUUUGGCUUUCUUGUGUUGCUCCCGGAGAUUGCGUGGAUUUCCACACUGCCCUUCUGUGGGCCCAACCAAAUCCAUCAGAUAUUCUGUGACUUUGAGCCUGUGCUGCACUUGGCCUGUACAGACACUUCCGUGAUUCUGAUUGAGGAUGUGAUCCAUGCUGUGGCCAUCAUCUUCUCUGUCCUGAUUAUUGCUCUCUCUUAUAUCAGAAUCAUCACUGUGAUCCUGAAGAUCCCUUCUGUUGAAGGCCGCCAGAAGGCCUUUUCUACCUGUGCAUCUCAUCUUGGUGUCUUUCUGAUGUUCUAUGGCAGCGUGUCCCUCAUGUACCUGAGAUUUGCUGCCACUUUCCCACCAGUUUUGGACACAGUUAUUGCACUGAUGUUUGCCGUUCUUGCUCCCUUUUUCAACCCUAUCAUCUAUAGCUUGAGAAACAAGGAUAUGAAGAUUGCAAUUAAGAAGCUUCUCUGCUGGAGGAAUAUCAAGGAUGCAGAGACCCAGACAGACAGAGGAGCACCUGUGGUCUUUGGUCACGGGAGCUCUGCUGGGUGUGCGGAGAGUGCAAACCUGUCAGCAGUGACAGGGUUUAUCUUCACUGGCUUCCCCCAGCUCCAGGCUGGUGGCCUCCUGUUCUUCUUUCCCUUACUCUUCGUCUACACCUUUAUUGUCACUGGGAACCUAUUGAUCUUCUUUGCUGUGAGGCUGGAGACCCAUCUCCACAAUCCUAUGUACAAUUUCAUCAGCAUCUUCUUCCUGGAGAUCUGGUAUACCACAGCCACCAUUCCCAAGAUGCUCUCCAACCUCAUCAGUGGGAAGAGGACCAUCUCCAUUACUGGCUGCCUCUUGCAGAUGCACUUCCUCCGUUCACUUGGAAACUCGGAGGGCAUCUUGUUGACCACGGCCAUUAACACGUAUGUUGCCAUCUGCAACCCUUUCUGCUACCAGGUGAUCAUGACCCCCUGGCUGUGUGAUCAGCUCCCUGCAGGCUCCUGCAUCUUCGGCUUCCUCAUCCUGCUUCCUGAGAUUGUAGUGAUUUCCACACUGCCCUUCUGUGGGCCCAACCAAAUCCAUCAGAUCUUCUGUGACCUGGUCCCCGUGCUGAAGCUGGCCUGUAUGGACACAUCCAUGAUUCUGGUUGAAGAUGUGAUCCAUGCUGUGGCCAUCAUCAUCACCGUCCUAAUCAUUGCCCUGUCCUAUAUCAGAAUCAUCACCGUGAUCUUGAGGAGCCCCUCUGCUGAGGGUUGGCAAAAGGCCUUUUCUACCUGUGUGGGCCAUCUCGCUGUCUUCCUGAUUUUCUUUGCCGGUGUGUCCCUCAUGUACUUGUGUUUCAGUGCCAUGCCCCCCAGCUUUGCCACAGCCAUUGCACUGGUGUUUACUGUCCUUGACCCAUUCUUCAAUCCCAUCACUUACAGUCUGAGAAACAAGGACAUGAAGAAUGCAGUUCGAAACUCUUCCAUCUUUGGAAAGCAUUGA